UGUUUGCUGUGUCGUCUGCGCUUGAGGGGUGCAGGUGGCUCUGGUGCAGUUUCUUUUCCCUGUGCCCUGCAGUGCCCGUGGAGCCCAUGAGGAGGACACUGGGACACCCGGAGGCCAGGAAAUGGACUCACUGAACUUUGAGGAUGUGGCUUUGAACUUCACCCUGGAGGAGUGGGCUAUGCUGGACCCUUCACAGAAAAAACUCUACAGAGAUGUGAUGCUGGAAAUCUUCAGGAACCUGGCAUCUAUAGGGAGAAAAUGGGAAGAUCAGAACAUUAAAGAUUGGUACAAAAUCCAGGGGGGAAAUCUAAGCACUCAUAUGGAGAAAGACUGUGGAAGUAAAGAAAGUAGUGAAUGUGGAGAAAUCUUUAGACAGAUUCCAAGUAAUAAUCUGAACAAGAAAACUGGAGUAAAACCAUCUGAAUGUACUGUGUGUGGAGUAGUCUUCAUGCAUCAUUCAGCUUUUAUGAGGCACAUCAGAUCUAACACUAGAUACAAACCAUAUGAGUAUCAGAAAUAUGCAGAGAAGCCAUAUAAAUGUAAGGAACAUGGGAAAGCCUUUAGUUAUUUCCAAUCCUUUCAAAGACAUGAAAGGACUCACCCAAGCAAGAAACACUAUGAAUGUAAACAAUGUGGGAAAACCUUCAUAUAUCACAAAUCACUUGAAAUGCAUGAAAAAACUCAUACUGGAUUGAGACCCUAUGAAAGUAAGCAAUGUGGUAAAGUUCUCAGUUGUCUCUUUUCCUUUCAAGUUCAUGAAAGGAUUCAAACUGGAGAGAAACCCAAUGAAUGUGGAAAAUGUAGUAAAGCUUUCAGUCAGCCCAGUUCCCUUCAAAUACAUGAAAGAAUUCACACUGGAGAGAAACCCUAUGCAUGUAAGGAAUGUGGGGAAGACUUCAGUUUUCAUUCAACAUUUCAAGCACACCUGAGAAUGCAUAGUGGAGAGAAACCCUAUAAAUUUAAAGAACGUGGUAAAGCCUUUAGUCAUCCCACUUCCUCUCAAAGGCAUGAGAAGACCCACACUCAAGAAAAACACUAUGAAUGUAAACAAUGUGGGAAAACCUUCAGAUCUCUCUUUUCUCUUCAAAUUCAUGACAGGACUCACUCUGGAGAAAAGGCCUAUGAAUGUAAAAAAUGUGCUAAAACCUUCAGUUGGCCCAGUUCCCUUAGAAUACAUGAAAGAACUCACACUGGAGAGAAACCUUACACAUGUAAGGAAUGUGAGAAAGCUUUCAUUACUUCCCAGUGCUUUCAAAGACACAUGAUGACGCACAGUGGAGAUACGCCUUACAAAUGUAAGGAAUGUGGCAAAGCCUUCACAUGUUCUGCUUCAUUUCAAGUUCAUGAAAGAACUCAUACUGGAGAGAAACCCUAUGAAUGUAAGCAAUGUGGGAAAGCCUUCAGUGUUCACUCAGCAUUUCGAAUACACCUGAGAAUUCAUACUGGAGAGAAACCCUACAAAUGUAAAGAAUGUGGGAAAGCCUUCAGUUGUCCCAGUUCCUUUCGAAGGCAUAAAAGGACUCACACUGGAGAGAAACCCCAUGAAUGUGAGAAAUGUGGGAAAACCUUCCAUUAUCCUCUAGAUUUGCAGACCCAUGAAAGAACUCACACUGUAGAGAAACCCUAUGAAUGUAAACAAUGUGGUAAAGUUUUCAGUUAUUCCAGUUCCUUUAGAAAUCAUGAAAAAACUCAUAUUAGAGAAAAACCCUAUAAAUGUAAGCUAUGUGGGAAAGCCUUCAUUUAUCCCAGUUACUUUAGAAGACAUGAAAGAACUCACAAUGGAGAGAAAUUUUAUGAAUGUAAGUAA